AUGGCGGCUAUCACGGACCUCUCCUUCAUGUACCGCUGGUUCAAGAACUGCAAUCUGGUCCGCAACCUCUCGGAAAAGUACGUCUUCAUCACCGGCUGUGACUCGGGAUUUGGCAACAAGCUGGCCAGACAGCUGGUCGAUCGGGGCAUGAGGGUGCUGGCUGCUUGCUUCACUGAGGAGGGGGCCCAGAAACUUCAGCAGGAUACCUCCUUCCGGCUACAGACCAUCCUACUGGAUGUCACCAAGACUGAGAGCAUCCAGGCGGCGGCCCAGUGGGUGAGGGAUCAAGUGGGCGAACAAGGCCUCUGGGCCCUGGUGAACAAUGCUGGUGUGGGCCUGCCCAGUGGUCCCAAUGAAUGGCUGACCAAGGAGGACUUCGUGAAGGUGAUCAGUGUGAACCUGGUUGGACUGAUUGAAGUGACCCUCCACAUGCUGCCCAUGGUCAAGAAAGCCCGAGGCAGGGUCGUCAACAUGUCCAGCUCUGGUGGUCGUGUGGCUGUUAUUGGCGGUGGCUACUGCGUCUCCAAGUUUGGUGUUGAAGCCUUCUCUGACAGCAUCAGGCGCGAGCUCCACUACUUCGGGGUGAAGGUCUGCAUCAUUGAGCCGGGGAACUACCGCACAUCCAUUCUGGGCAAGGAAAGCAUGGGGUCGCGCAUGCGAAAGCUGUGGGAGCGGCUGCCUCAGGAGACCCGGGACAGCUACGGAGAGGAGUACUUCCACAUCUACACUGACAAGUUAGAACACAUGAUGCAGCUGGCAGAGCCGAGAAUCAGAGAUGUCAUCAACAGCAUGGAACACGCUGUUGUCUCCCGGAGCCCCCGCAUCCGCUACAGCCCUGGCCUGGAUGCCAAACUCCUCUACAUCCCCCUGGCUAAGUUGCCCACCCCUGUGACAGAUUUCAUCCUGAGCCGGUACCUUCCAAGGCCAGCAGACAGUGUCUGA